AUGCACUGCCACACAACCUCCCACAAGACGACAAGAGAUGGCGCCUCGGCGCACGAGCCCGCCGCGGCGCCAACCUACCGCUCAGCCGGCGUCGCGUCCGCGACGAGCUCGUUCGGCGCGCUCGCCCUCGACACGGCUCCGCCGCAAACCGUGCCGCCGAGCCGCACGCCGGUGGCUGUCCCGAGCGGACCGCCGCCGAUGACGGAGGAAGAGCGCGCCGCGUACCUCCGCCUCUUUGGGGGGGCGGCCCGCGGAACGCGAACGCUGAGCCGCCGCGCCGCAGGGCCGGUCUUUGCUAAGGCAAAAAUGGCGGAGGGAGAAGUCGACGCAAUCUGGGUAUACGCUGCGGCCGCCACACAUAGCGCCUUAUCACCAAAUCACGCGCUCCCGCCGGCGGCCGGUCCGCCCAAGAUGCAGGGUCACGGUGCCUGA